UGGGGUUUUAGGCUGGGUUUCUGCUGAUGUAAAAAGGGCUCUAUAAAUACAUUUGAUUGAUUGUUUGAUGAAUAGUCGACGACAUUCAAGUCGGUCAUGUUAGCUGUCAUUGAGUCCCUUCCUCUCUGACUCAAUAGUUAGCUACAGUAUACCUACUCAUCCUAUUCUACUCCUCACCAGUGGUUGGUGGUGGAAGACAAAGCAUAUUGUCUUUGUGUGAAUGUUCACCUCAGGGUGUACAAUAAAGUUUUAUCCCAUUCCAUUCUGUUCUACACCCGUGGUUGCUGGGUUACGAAGCGUAUCCGUUGUGAGUACACCAGGUCGGCGACGUACAGCGCCAGGUUGAUGAAGCUAAACACCGCCACGACAACCUUACUAUCCCAUGGACACCGGCCCCGCGGGCAUGACGACGGUCGCUCUGGCGACCCGUACUUCCUGUCGAAGCAGAACACAGGCCAGACGACGGAGGCGCUGAGGUAGAGAAGAACCGCCAGGAGUGUGUAAACAACAACAAACCGGUCGAAUGGUAACUUCAAACACCCUGUGCGACCGGACACGGUCAAUAUAACCACGACGGUUGUCAUGGCAAAGCAGACGGCAUAGACAACCACGCAGUAAAUUGUAGCAACGUGACGAGAAUACUCGCUCCCGUUCGCCAGAGCUCCGAAGAUAAUGCACGCCACGAAGCCCUGGACGACCUUGAGGAGGCCGGAGACGGUUGCCAUGUAGCCCACGACCCGGCCCGGUUUGGCCCGGGAGAGGAUCACCUCGGCGCCGUAGGCCAGGGAGCCAGCGAUGGAGCAGACAGUGACGGCGACGCGGAAGUUCCGGACCUCACAGCCAGCGUAGGGGCACUCUGCUCUGACAAAGUAGACCGGGUACACAACCGAGGCUGUCACAUACCUGGUGGAAGAGGAAGAGGAGAGGAUAAGGAGAUGUCAUGUUUAGUGAUGUCAUGUUAGUGGUGUCACGGUUAGUCAGUGAUGUCAUGACGUUUCAGACUUGUUUGUUUCAUUUUGAUGAUGUUAUGAUGAUUACGGUGAUGUGAUGUCAUACGUACAUGAGGGUCGCCAGGGCGGCGAAUGCCACCGUCAGGUUAUCCCAGGAGACGGGCAGACAGGCAUGGAGACGGGUGGCGUCCAGGAAGAACACCACCGUCGUCAUGCCAAAGCACGCACACCACACCGCCAUGCAGAACACGCCGUACGACCCGCCGCUGUAGCCCGCACUGUGGCUCACCAUGGCGACCACCGAGCAGCCCAGGGCCAGCUGGGAGAGGCGGGCAGCGCCAAGCGAGGAGAAGACCGCCGCCUUGUUGAGGUACUGACCCCCCUGAGGGUUCAUAGUCAGGAGUCAGGGUUCAGAGGUCAGGGUUCAGAGAUCAGAGGUCAAAGGGUUAGAGGUCAGAGGUGAGUUUGUGGGGUAAGGGGGGGGGGGGGGGGGUGUCUGUCCUCUACUGGAGUAGGAUGAAGUGGAAAACGUGACAACACAAAGCAAGUCUUGAAUGUAUCGACUCAUGAACCAGGUGUGCUUGUGCAUGCGUGGUUGCUUCUCGCUCCGCUGUCUCUGCCGGGACACUAGGGACUGUGUAUUUUCUGGGUCUCUAUUUAUGUGUCAGUGACUCACGGUAUGUCACAAAGAAAACAUGUCAAAAUGCAGCCGUCCCUUGUCGGCCUCGUGGGUGAAACUCUCUCUCUGGAUCACACGUGUUUAGAAGAGCUUUGACUGAUCCACUGUGCAUACACAUCAAAUUGGCACACUCUUGUGUAGUCAGAAUAUCUUCUUGAGUCCAUAUAUUUCUUGUGUCCUUACAUAUAUAUUUAUUCCGUCCUCUGAUAUAUUUCUUGAGUACUUGAAAACUGGACGUCCAUAAAAUCCAGUAUUUACAUCCAACUGCUGAAUUCAAAAGAGCCGGCCCACCUUUUCCUCUUUUGAAGAUACUUUUAGCCUCUGUCACAGCUUUUCUUCUCUUGGACGGUACAGUACAGUAUCAGUUCUCAUCUGUGAGUUAGCUUUGAGUUAUCAUAAUUUUGUCAUAAUCCGGAAUAUAAUCCCAGUAUGUAAUAUCAUGUAAUAAUCCAAUAUAAUCCGGUCCAGUCACCUUGUCUGUCUUCCGAUGGUCAAGCUUGAAGUCCUCAGGUCCACGACCACGCUUUGUGGGUGUCUGUCUGUUGCAGUACACACUCUCACUGACACCACCAAGACAUGUGGCCCAAAAGCCACCUCUCUCUCUCUCUUUCCCUCUGCUCUCUCUCUACUGCUCUCCCCAUCUCUCUCUCUCUCUCUCUCUGAGGAGACAUGGAGGUGGUCAGUCAGUCAGUCAGACAGUGAAAGUUAUUUAAAUGCAAGGGUUGGGCUGAUGGAUGUGUGUGUGAGGGGUAAAGCACGCAGACACGUUCCAGACUCUAAGGAAUGGAGAGAGAUGACCAAGCUGACUAUAAAUAGAGACACAUUCUACAAAGACAUGAGGAGAGAGAGAGAGAAACAGGUCACAUGAACUUUAUAGAAUAUUGUAGGUUACUUUCAACAAGUUGACAUUUGGCUUUUUAUUAGUAGGUAGUCUAAUGACUGAUCCCCAGCUUGAAAUCGGCCUAUUCAUUAAUACUAUUCAUUAUUACUAUUCAUUAUUACUAUUCAUUAAUACUAUUCAUUAAUACUAUUCAUUAUUACUAUUCAUUAUUACUAUUCAUUAAUACUAUUCAUUAAUACUAUUCAUUAUUACUAUUCAUUAUUACUAUUAAUUCCCCAGCCUCGCCACUUCCACUGUCACCUGACCAGAGGGGUUGGGUUAAAGUUGUUGUACAACUGACUAGGUAUCCCCCUUUCCCUUUACCUUGUUCAUUGUGAUAGAAGAGAGCAUGCGCUCUCUAACCUGGUAUAACAACCUAGCCUGACGACUCACACUAAAUUCUUCCACUGCUCUGUCGUUCGCUACAGAAGAAACACACGUCCGUGGGCAUGGCGUAGUGCUUGGCCGUCCGUGGGCAUGGCGUAGUGCUUGGCCGUCCGUGGGCAUGGCGUAGUGCUUGGCCGUCCGUGGGCAUGGCGUAGUGCUUGGCCGUCCGUGGGCAUGGCGUAGUGCUUGGCCGUCCGUGGGCAUGGCGUAGUGCUUGGCCGUCCGUGGGCAUGGCGUAGUGCUUGGCCGUCCGUGGGCAUGGCGUAGUGCUUGGCCGGAGCAAGGAGUCUGCGUAGCCAAGGAACUAACAAGCAGCAUGGACCAGGAUAUUGAGCCCUGUGUAAGAACUAGGAAGGUAGAAAACCAGUGAACCUUGAAUGACAUAUCCUCUCAUUCACUGGUAAAUACUGCCAUCUAGAAGGGAUCAGUCUAACUGCAGUCACAUUGUAGUAACGGCCCAAAUGGAACCAUAUUGCCUCCUAUAUAGUGCACUACUUUUGACCAGAGCCCUAUGAAACCCUGUGACCGUCUGUCACCAGAGCCAAGGAGGUUUCUACUGAGUGACCCCAUCGUGACAACAGCUCUUCAAUCUCAAGCUAGAGAAGGUGUGUGUGUGUGUGUGUGUGUGUGUAUGUGUAUGUGUGUGUGUCGGAGAAGGUGUUGAGGCUGGAGUAGUUUGGACAGUGGAAUGGGGUUUCCUUUGGAAAAACCUCACCCCUUUAACCCCUAGUAGACUGACUGACUAGCCCAGUAGACUACCCCUCCUUCAGAAACAACAGGUCCAAAAUGGUUAGUUGUUAUUCAUCUCUUGCCAAUGAAGGUGUUUGAAGCUGAACCAAAGUGGACAUUAAUAGGGGGUUUCCUACCUGCGUGCCAAUAGAGGUGUCUGAGUCUAAACUAAACCAGACAGUGGAAAGGUCCUACCUGGGGCCUGUUCAUUAGACACCAAACAGAAGAAAAUGGACUGAAACAAGGAGGGACUUCCUGGACUUGCCCAAUAAGACAUUCAUUUGAGUUAAUCGGUUGGAGCGCAUUUAAAAACAUGAUCCGUUGCCCUAAUGAACUAGACCCUCUUACCUGGGUGCCCAAUACAGGUGUUUGACGUAGAAGCAGGCCAGACAGGAAGGGUUUCCUCGCAGGGGUUUCCUCCAGGAACUCACAGCAGCAGGUUCUAUACCUGGAACAUACCAUAACAGGGUUGUAUUCACUAGGAAACAAAUGGUCCGAAACAGGGAGAAGAAACACUUGUUUUCAUUUUCUGUUGUAAAAUGACUUGCUACAGUGUGCUCUAAUGAAUGUGACCAAGGAUCCUACCUGUACCGAACGCCAACUCAGGUGUUUGAGGUUAAUCCAAACUGGACAGGAGAGCUCGGAAAGAAACCCUCUGAAAUACCCCCAAUCAUCCUACUUAAAAAACACUCCUCCCACCUGAAUACCACUCGCCCUCCACAGCAGGUGUGUACAGACUGCAGACCUCCAACCCCUGCGCCUCCUCCUUCUCUCCUCCACAACUCUCACCCUUCCUCCCCCAUCAAAGACUGAGAGCAGUUGGAAGUAAUUAUAAUAUAUAAUAAUAUAUAAUAAUAUUAUAAUAUGCCAUUUAGCAGACGCUUUUAUCCAAAGCGACUUACAGUCAUGCGUGCAUACAUUUUUUUUGUGUAUGGGUGGUCCCGGGGAUCGAACCCACUACCUUGGCGUUACAAGCGCCGUGCUCUACCAGCUGAGCUACAGAGGACCACCAUAAUUACGACUCCUUGGGGUGUGUGUGUGUGUGUGUGAAAGAGAGAGAGCAUGAGUGUACCAUACCAGAAUGUCUAGAUCAAAGCCCCAGUCACCAUGAGUCCAGGUAGGAACCUGAAAAACACAGGUACAGACACACACACACACUGAUGCUACCACAGUGGACCAUAAAGCUAUUGUGUCAAUAAAGUUUAUUCAAACAAACAACUGGACGUCACAUCACAAUGGCGGCCAGCACAACAGUGACAGUUCUGACUCCCAAUGGAAGAAGACAAACCGUAAAAAUAUCGCCAAACACACCUUUGCUACAGGUAGGUAGUAAUAAAGAUGAUUUCCUGCUCUCCCAGUCUGCGUUGAAAGGAACUUUCCUCCUUUUCUAGGUUAUGAAAACGAGAGUGAUCUUUCCAUGUCGGCUGAACAAUGACUGUUCAGUUUAGCCUGCUCGUUUCUCUCUGUCUGCGACUGCACAAAGUAAGUUGCUUCACUAGCUAACUUGUUUAGCUGAUAGAUAACCAAUACUUUGUCUUUAGGUCCUCGAAGACGUCUGCAAGAAACAGGGAUUUAAUCCUGACGACCACGGUCUAAAGUGAGUUGAGAGCUUUGUUGUUAGCCUAGCUAGCUAACUUGGUCGCUAGACGACGUGCUAGCUCUGUGAACUGAAAGACUAGCUAGAUAUCCUCUUUAUUACAACAUUUGCCGUGAACGUUUUGUAGUGGUACCCAAAUCAUCAAACUGAACUAUGAUGAAGCUGUGAUUGAGAGAGUGGAGGGGGAGUGAUGGCUAGUUGUGUGCGCGCUCUGUCCAUGCCCUUUGUGUACGGGGCUCCGAACACUGCCCUUUCACUAAAGCCUCGCGCAUCCAUCUAUCCAUCCAUCCAUCCAUUCAUGCAUUCCUUUGACAGAUUUCAGAGGAACGUUCUGGACCUGUCGCUCCAGUGGAGGUUUGCCAGCGUGCCAAACAAUGCCAAGCUGGAGGUGGUGCCCAGCACCCGGAAACAGACAGGGACCGACAGCCAGGUGGGUGAAACAACUAACGUGUGGCGUGCAGUAUGACUAUGUCCAGUUAACAACAUCCACUUUACUACUUCUGCUUCAUUAUGGUCAUAACAACAUGACUGCUGCAUUUGAUUUACUGUUCCAUAUUACCCCUUUGGAUGUCAGACUGAGUACCUCUCUCUCUCACACUCUACCCCGCUCUCUUUAUAUUCCUCUCUCUCUCUGUCGCCCCUUCUUCUUCAAUGAGGUUUAACAGCGGUUGGCAUCCAAUAAAUGUUGCAUUACCGCCACCUACUAGACUGGAGUACAACUCCCUUAUACUUUGCUUAAAAAAAUAAAAUACUCUACCAUCUAACACUCUCAAAAAAAUAAUAACACCCCCCUACUCCACUAUUUGAAUCUAUUUAGUCCUACCUCAGGCCAACAACCUGAACGGAUGGGACACCACCACUUAACACACCCUGUAACUCUUCUGAUGUCAAGUCUCGCACACCCAAAUACCUCUCUGCAGCUGCCACCACAACCUCAAUUUUCUGUGACUUACGUUCCAUCCCUGUAGUACAGUUGAUAACCGUUGCUAUAAAUGCUAAGUAUCCCUCUGUACUGGUACAUAUCUACUACUCACACGGCUCCUCUCAGGAUCCCUCCCCUUUGACCCAUCUUCCUCUACUUUCUUCACUGCCUCAGCAUAUGGCAACUUCUGCAAUACUGUAACCCUGGAAACCUCAACCUGCCUGUCUGUCACUGAACAUUUCUGAUCCCCAGCCACAUGGGCACCCCUACAAUUAACACAUGCAACUACUUUCCCCAAUGCUACACAUUCCUUUGUCUCAUGCCCUUCUGUACACUUCUCACACACAUAGGAACCUCCCUCCUACACACUGCUGCCCAUAAGCUUGACACCUGUAACAACGUAUUGUAUUCCGCACAAAAGCUCGUACAGGAUAACUUAUGUAUCCUAACAUAACUUUGUCGGGCAAAGACUCAACAUCAAAACUCAAAAGAACAGACAAUGACUCCGUAUUCCAAGUAUACGUCUCCUUAUGAUAAUACUGCACUUCUCCUGACAUACAUCUUGUUCUUGCCUUCUCAAGGGAUGCCAUUUAACCGGCUGUCACAAUCUCCGUACAAUAAGCACGAACCCAUUGCCAUUUUCAAUCUCUCUCUCUCUCUCUACCCCUCUCUCUUUCUCUACCCCUCUUUCUCUCUUUCUCUCUCUCUCUCUCGCUCUCUCUCUCUCUCUACCUCUUUCUCUCCCUCGUUCUGACUCACAGCUCUCAUCGAACAUAGUUCCCCUGUUUGUAUUCUUACAUAUUUUUGUUGUUGUUAGAAACACGUUUUAGGCAUCCUUUUUAACUCUGUCGGUGUCCUGGGGGAAACAUGUUUUCCGUGUUAGCUAGUCACCACAGUGAGUGAUAGGUAUACAACUGGCUGGGUCUGAUUGGUAAACAACUGGCCGGGUCUGGAUUAAGUUAACACAUGUCAUCAUCCAUCUGGGAUGACGUCUGCUGUUUCCACUGGGGUUCUGAGAAGAGGUCAGGUCCUUUCUUAAUGACAUCAUCAAUCUGCUACCUGACAGCACCCGUGUCAUCAACAUGUGCCAAGUGACACAACAUACUAACAACAUGCAUGUCGAGGUCACGUUCCACACCACCAUAGACAGUCAGACACCAUAACAUAGUGAAAUUCAAUUGGCCUUAAUGGCCAUGUACUCUUAUAAUCUCCUCCGGCACAGCCAGAAGAGGACUGGCCACCCCUCAGAGCCUGGUUCCUCUCUAGGUUUCUUCCUAGGUUCCUGCCUUUCUAGGGAGUUUUUCCUAGCCACCGUGCUUCUACAUCUGCAUUGCUUGCUGUUUGGGGGUUUGGGCUGGCUUUCUGUAUAUCACUUUGUGACAUCUGCUGAUGUAAAAAGGGCUUUAUAUAUACAUUUUAUUGAUUGAUUGAUGACAUUGGCUGUUUGUUUAUGGUACAAUGCAUUUAACAGCCGUGUGAGUGUGGCUGGGUUCAUGUCUGAUCAUUCUCUCAAAAUGUGUUUUGUAAAACAAUGUGUUUAUAUGUAAUAUGUUGUUAAGACUGUGUGUGGGUUAUUUACAUGUUACAGAGUCUAGAUGUGGCAGACUAUGAAAGCAUUCUUACUGUGGUAAACAGUAACAACGUGGCCGUGUGUGUCAGAGUACAGAUAGAGUAGCAUGGUGUUUGAAGCUGUGCCCGUGUUGUGCUAUAAACUUUAAAGUAUUUAGGAUAAAAAUCUCUGUGAUCAUGGGUGUAGUUCUCUGGAUGACUUCUGGCUCUGUGUGUGUUCUGUUUUCUGUGUGUGUUCUAUAACAGUGUGUUGUAUUCUCUCUGUGUGUUCCUCAGGUGCGUAUUGCCCUGCAGAUGGAAGAUGGUUCCAGACUCCAGGGUUCUUUCUCCAGCGGACAGACACUGUGGGAGCUGCUCACACACUUUCCCCAGACCAGGUAGGUAGGUGUGUUUGUCACUGAUUGCCCAAGUACAGUAUGUUUAUUGGAGUGGUCUUGUGUGUGUGUGUGUGUGUGUGUGUGUGUGUGUGUGUGCAUGCACGUGUAUUCCUCUCUCCAGUUUUGGCAGAGACCGGAGUGAGUGAGGUUUAUUAUAGUGCUGAACACUGCGAUCAAAGAAUCACAGACCAGGAGUGUGCCAAGUUACAACCACCUCUCCCCUCCUCUCCUCCUGCACUCUUUUCCUCCUCUCAUCCCCCCUUCUUCUAUCCCCUGUUUUCUUUCUCCUCUCUCCUCUCCAACCCCUCUACUCUCUACUCUCUCCUCUCCAACCCCUCUACUCUCUACUCUCCAACCCCUCUACUCUCUACUCUCUCCUCUCCAACCCCUCUACUCUCUACUCUCUCCUCUCCAACCCCUCUACUCUCUACUCUCUCCUCUCUCUGCUCUCUCCUCUACUGUCUCCUCUCUACUAUCUACUCUCUACUGUCUACUACUCUCGACUCGACUCUAUUCUCGACUCUCGACUCGACUCUCUACUCUCGACUCUACUCUCUACUCUCGACUCGACUCGACUCUCGACUCUACUCUCGACUCGACUCUACUCUCGACUCUACUCUCGACUCUACUCUCGACUCGACUCUCGACUCUACUCUCGACUCUACUCUCGACUCUACUCUCGACUCGACUCUCAACUCUACUCUACUCUCGACUCGACUCUACUCUCGACUCUACUCUCGACUCUACUCUUGACUCGACUCUCAACUCUACUCUACUCUCGACUCGACUCUACUCUCGACUCUACUCUCGACUCUACUCUCGACUCUACUCUUGACUCGACUCUCAACUCUACUCGACUCGACUCUCGACUCGACUCUCGACUCUCGACUCUUUACUCUCGACUCUACUCACGACUUUCCAUAUUGCCUUGAGUUUAGGAGCUCAAUCUUUGCCAAGCUCAUGGCACGCCCUUCACCCCCCUUCCUCACUAAUCCCCAACCUGACCCACCCCCCUCCCUAUCUUUCUUAGGGCCCUAAUAAAAUCAGCGUUGUGGAAGGGAUCACGGAAUCCAGACAUUAAAACGGAAUUCAACAAUAUUCAACAUUUUAUUGAAUUUAGUAGGAAAUCAACUAAAUGUAAUCAACUUAGUAGAAAAUUAAUUAAUUUGCCAAAGUUAAUCAUAAGACAUGAACAAGAUGCAUCAGUGAUUUCUAUUUUCCUGCAACUUUCUGAAAUGGAAAAGAAAUGCCCCUGUGUGUGGGGUGUGGGGUGUGUGUGUGUGUGUGGGGGGGGUGUGUGUGUGUGUCCGUGUGUGUGUGUGUGUGUCUAUACUUUGUGUGGCCGUCAGCGACGAUGCUAAUGAUAACCUUCUUCUGGUAGAGAUGGAAAGGUUUUCCCCAAAACCUUCUCAAUUAAAUGUUAACUACAAAGUAGCCAAUGCCAACCUGGCAGAAUGAUGUCAUUAGAUCAUCAAUCCAGUGUCCAUUUGUUUAGCAAAACUCUCCAAUCACAUGAGCGCUACAGAACCAUCACUAACCAAACAUUUUUACAUUGACAUUUUAGUCAUUUAGCAGACGCUCUUCCAGUUAGUGCAUUCAUCUUAUGAUAGCUAGGUGAGACAACCACAUCCCAGUCAUAGUAAGUACACUUCUCAAUAGAGAAGCUAUCCACAAAGUCAGAGCUAGAAAGAGGGGGGGGGGUUAUUUUAGAUACUCUUUGAAGAGGUAGGGUUUCAGGUGCUUUCAGGAAAUGGGCAGGGACUCUGCUGCCAUAGCUGGGAAGCUGGUUCCACCAUUGGGGUGUCAGGACAGAGAAGAGCUUGGACUGGGCUGAGCGGGAGCUGCCCUCCCGUAGGGUUGGGGUGUAGGGUUUGAGCAUAGCCUGAAGGUAGGGAGGGGCAGUUCCUCUUGCUGCUCCGUAGGCAAUCACCAUGGUCGUGUAGUGGACUACGAUCUCUUCCUGGUGCUCACUUGCAUUAAAGGGUAACUUCACCCCCCCCCAAAAAAAAUAUAUAUAUUAUUUUCUCAGGCCUUAAAAGUGGUCCCCUGAGGUGGUUUAAGCAUUGUUGUGGACCGAACAUCCAAUGUAGUUGUUUUUGAAAGUGUAAACCUGAAAUAAAUGGGGAAAACGGAAACCUGGAAAAGCAAAACGGAGAAAACCGAAUUUAGGAAAAAAAUUACAUUUUAUAGAGCCCUACUAUCUUUGAGACCAGCUGUCCGUCCGUCCGUCACCCCUUUCAUCCUCUCUGUGAUGACAUCUUUGCCACGGAAGCUUCCAGAAUGAAUGUUAGCUCCAGGUCUGCUCAGGAAUCUGGGAAAAAUGCUAAGCGGAAAAAAACAAGCUAGGGAAAAGUUAAUGUUGUGUUAUGAGAUGACCUGCAAUAAUACAUUAUGGUUCAGUGGUUUUUAUGUAGACAAACACAUUUACCACACACACAUCUGUGACACACACACACACCCCGUUGCUCACACGUUGACUCACUUACUACUUCACACCUAACAGCUGAGACCACCCAGGUGUUUAUUCUGAGAAUCACAGAAUCCCUCUUGUUUUCUCUCAUCCUCUGUCUCUCUCUUUUCUUCUCUACAGAGCGUCUGAGUUGUCUGAAUCAGGAUCCACUCCUGUCUGUGUUUACAUGAGAGAUGAGGUAUGGUGUAUCUCUCCCCCCCCCUCUCUCUCCCCCCUUUCUCUCUCUCCCCUCUCCCCCUUUCUCUCUCUCCUCCCUCUCCCAUCCCUCCCAUCUCCCCUCUCCCCCCAUGCCCCCCUUUCUCUCUCGCCCCUCUCUCUCUCUCCCCCUCUCCCCUCUCUCUCUCCCCCUCCCUCUCUCUCUUUCCCCUCCCCCCUCUCUCACUCUCUCUCCCUCUCUCCCCCCUCCCCCUCCUCCUCUCUCUCUCACCUCCUCCCGUCCAUCCCCCUCUGCUCUCUUCUCUCCCUCCCCCCUCUCCUUGUCUCUCUUCUCCCCCCUCCCCCUUUCUCCUCUCCCUCCACCUCAUCCCCUUUCUCUCUCGCUCUCACCUUCUCCCGCCCUGCCCCGCCUUCUCUCUUCUUCCCCCCCUUCCCCCUUGUCUUUCAUCUCUCCCUUCCCCCCUGUGCUCUUUCCCCUUUCUCUCUCCCCCUCCCCCCUUCUCCUCUCCUCCUCCCCUCUCCCUCCCCCCUUUCUCUCUCUUCCCCCCUCUCUCUCUCCCCUCUCUCCCCCUCCCCCCUUUCUCUCUUCCCCUCUCUCCCCUCCCCCUUUCUCUCUCUCCCCUCUCUCUCCCCCUCUCCCUCUCCCUCUCUGUUGAUCAACGUUUGAUGAUGACACUGACACGUGGGUGUGUGUUUAGGUGAGUGGAGAGGAUGCUCUAAAGAAGGCCACUCUGAAGUCUCUGGGACUCACAGGAGGAAGUGCCAUAGUCAGGUUGGUUCCUCGACAACAUAUCCUCAACAUUUACAGCAUACAUUAUAGCUAUGAGCUAUUACUUUUUUUGGUGUUUUAUUAGGAUCUCUAUUAGCUGUUGCAAAAGCAGCAGCUGCUCUUCCUGGGGUCCACACAAAACAUGAAACAACAUGAUGUAAUACAGAACAUUUAAUAGACAAGAACUGCUCAAGGACAGAACUACAUAAAACAUUUUUUAUUUAAAGGCACACGUAGCCUACAUAUCAAUACAUACACACAAACUAUCUAGGUCAAAUAGGGGAGAGGUGUUGCUUUAUCUGUUUUUUUAAACCAGGUUUGCUGUUUAUUUGAGCAAUAUGAGAUGGAACAGAGUUCCAUGCAAUAAUGGCUCUAUAUAAUACUGUACGCUUUCUUGAAUUUGUUCUGGAUUUGGGGACUGUGAAAAGACCCCUGGUGGCAUGUCUGGUGGGGUUAGUGUGUGUGUCAGAGUGGUGUGUAAGUUGACUAUGCGCACAAUUUGGGAUUUUCAACACAUUGUUUCUUAUAAAAAGAAGAAGUGAUGCAGUCAGUCUCUCCUCAAAUCUUAGCCAAGAGAGACUGGCAUGCAUAGUAUUUAUAUUAGCCCUCUGAUUACAAUGAAGAGCAAGAUGUGCCGCUCUGUUUUGGGCCAGCUGCAGCUUAACUAGGUCUUUCCUUGCAGCACUCGACCACACGACUGGGCAAUAAUCAAGAUAAGAGUAAACUAGAGUCUGCAGAACUUGCUUUUUGGAGUGCUGUGUCAUAAAAGCAGAGCAUCUCUUUAUUACAGACAGACCUCUCCCCAUCUUUACAACCAUUGAAUCUAUAUGUUUUGACCAUGAUAGUUUACAAUCUAAGGUAACGCCAAGUAAUUUAGUCUCCUCAACUUGUUCAACAGCCACACCAUUCAUUACCAGAUUCAGCUGAGGUCUAGAACUUAGGGAAUGAUUUGUACCAAAUACAAUGCUCUUAGUUUUAGAGAUGUUCAGGACCAGUUUAUUAGUGGCCACCCCAUUCCAAAACAGACUGCAACUCUUUGUUAAGGGUUUCGGUGACUUAAUUAGCUGUGGUUGCUCAUGCGUAUAUGGUUGAAUCAUCAGCAUACAUGGACACACAUGCUUUGUUUAAUGCCAGUGGCAGGUCAUUGGUAAAAAUAGAAAAGAGUAGAGGGCCUAGAGAGCUGCCCUGUGGUACUCCACACUUUACAUGUUUGACAUUAGAGAAGCUUCCAUUAAAGACAACUCUUUGAGUUCUAUUAGAUAGAUAGCUCUGAAUCCACGAUAUGGCAGAGGUUGAAAAGCCAUAACACGUACGUUUUUUCAACAACAGGUUAUGGUCAAUAAUAUCAAAGGCUGCACUGAAAUCUAACAGUACAGCUCCCACAAUCUUCUUAUUAUCAAUUUCUUUCAUCCAAUCUUCAGUCAUUUGUCAGUGCAGUGCAUGUCGAGUGCCCUUCCCUAUAAGCAUGCUGAAAGUCUGUUGUUAAUUUGUUUACAGAGAUAGCAUUGUCUUUGGUCAAACACAAUUUUUUCCAACAGUUUGCUAAGAGCUGGCAGCAAGCUUAUAGGCCUGCUGUUAAAACCAGUAAAGGCCGCUUUACCAUUCUUGCGUAGCGGAAUGACUUUGGCUUCCCUCCAGGCCUGAGGACAAAGACUUUCCUCCAGGCUCAGAUUAAAGAUAUGACAGAUAGGAGUGGCUAUAGAGUCAGCUACCAUCCUCAGUAGCUUUCCAUCUAAGUUGUCAAUGCCAGGAGGUUUGUCAUUAUUGGUCGAAAACAAUAAUUUUCCCACCUCUCCCACACGAACUUUACAAAAUUCAAACUUGCAAUGCUUUUCUUUCUUUAUUAUUUUUUUAUGCAUGAAUACGACGGCUCACUGUUCAUUGUUGGCAUUUCCUGCCUAAGUUUUGACACUUUGCCAAUGAAGUAAUCAUUAAAAUAAUUGGCAACAUCAAAUGGUUUUGUGACGAAUAAUCCAUCUGAUUCGAUGAAAGGUGGAGUUGAAUUUGUCUUUCUGCCCAUAAUUUCAUUUAAAGUACUCAAGUUUUGGCUUCAUAAUACAGUUUCUUCUUCUUUUUGUUGAGUUUAGUCACAUAAUUUCUCAAUUUACAGUAAGUCAACCAGUCAGAUGUGCAGCCAGACUUAUUAGCCACUCCUUUUCCCCAUCUCUUUCAACCACACAGUUGUUCAAUUCCUCAUCAAUCCAUGGAGCCUUAACAGUUCUAACAGUUAGUUUCUUAACAGGUGCAUGUUUAUCAAUAAUUGGAAGAAGCAAUUCCAUAAAUUCAUCAAGUGCAUCGUCUGGAUGCUCCUUAUUAAUCACAUCAGACCAACAUACAUUUUUGACAUCAUCCAUCUUUUGUAUGAUCUCUUAUACACUAUUUUAGGCCCAGCUGUUGGAAACUUUGGCUUUCCUGGAUAUAGCCACUGUAUUGUGAUCACUGCAUCCAAUUGGUACGGAUACAGCUUUAGAACAAAGCACUGCCACUGAUGGGGAACAGAAGGGUGGCUAUGGUGAUGGUGAUGAAGAUGAAGAAGAAGAAGAGUAUGUAGAUGAUGUCAUUCCUCUCUGCCUUUCUACAGGUUUUUACUGAAGAAGACCAAAUCGCCAGGCAACGGAGACGAUGACGGCAUGGAGACGGCUUCCACGGCGACAGAUCCCAUCGCCAAGGAAACCAAGCCCCGCCCGUUACCCCCCUUCGAACCACCUCUCUCACAACCAGAACGUGCGGAGCUGCCGUCAAUCAAAAAGGAGAGCCCUGAUAGGCCGGUUGAGACUGCGGAUGCCCCAGUCCCCUCGGCCGCUGGCAGUACACUUCCUGGCAAACAGGAAGCGGAAGCGUUUCCAAACUCCCAAAAUGCGGUGCGGCCUAAAAGCAGUCCCUUCGGGGGAGUGAAGAGGGAGGAAGAGGGGGAUGGAGAGAGGGCGGGACCAUCUGGUCAGUGCUCCGCUCAUCCUUCCACCUCCUCCUCUUCCUCUCCUCCCUCCGCUCCCUUCAUCCCUUUCUCUGGAGGGGGUCAGAGGCUGGGGGGUCCGGGGGCUAGCGGAGUAGGAGCAUCAUCAUCAUCACUACCAUCAGUGGUUGGAGGGCCGCCCAAAGCCAAGAAAUCUAAACCUGACAACGCCAAGGUGAGACCUGUACCUACUACCCAAUGUCUUCUCAAUGUACUCUGUUGAUAAGAAAUGGUCAAGUGAAUAGAUACAUUAAUGAAUGAGUGAUCGAUGGUAUGUUCUAGAUGUUCCUGUUCUGUUUCUAUCUCUCAGCGCCAAGCCAGUGACAAACAGGAUGACUGGGCUGUGGUAGAGGAGUUUCUGGAGGUAAAGUUGAUCGUGUUGAUGUUGUUCAGCUGGGUUGAAGAGACCAUUUCAUUAAUUGAAUUGAACACUUCCAUGGAGAAAUCUCUGUGUUUUCCUCAGGCCUGUUGAGUGUCUCCCCUAUGGUUUAUAUAGAAACAGUCAGACAGACCAAUACACAGAUACUGCUGUCACCUCUCCAGACAGAUACACAUUUCUACUGCUGUCACCUCUCCAGACAGAUACACAUUUCUACUGCUGUCACCUGCUGUCACCUACAGACAGAUACAGUCCUUUACAUUUCUACUGCUAUCACCUCUCCAGACAGAUACAGUCCUUUACAUUUCUACUGCUGUCAUGUCUGCAGCCGUUGAGAUGUCUCUCUCUCUGUCUGUCUGUCUGUCUCUGUCUCUGUCUCUGUCUCUGUCUCUCUGUCUGUCUGUGUCUCUCUGUCUGUCUGUGUCUGUCUGUCUGUCUGUCUCCUCUACAGCCGGUGGACAGGGAACCCCUGAUCUACCACAUGGACUCUGGGGCGCGUCGCUACGGCAACGAACAGGACUUGCCAGACGAGUUCUUCGAGGUGACUGUGGACGACAUCCGCAAACGCUUCGCUCAGCUGAAGAGUGAGAGGUGAGACUCAUUUGGGAAGGAGAGACUGAGAGCGAGAGGAAGACGGGAGGAGAGGUGGGGGAGAGAAGAAAAUAAACAUGGAAGGAGAGCGGAAGGAAGAGGGGAAAAUGGAGAGGAAAUGAAGUGAGAGGUGACACUUUGGGGAAGAAGGAAGAGGAAGGAGAGAUGAAGAGGAGAGAAAGUUGCUUGGGUUUUGAUUUGUAUAGAGCGAGAAAGCGUCAGUGAGAUUGAACAAGGGAGAUAUGGAGAGACUGAAAAGAGAUCGCAUCUCUACUAAACAGUCAAAUGUCAUUUACAUUUGAGUCAUUUAGCAGACGCUCUUAUCCAGAGCCAAUUUCAGGAUCUAUUAGGGUUAAGUGCCUUGCUCAAGUGCACAUCGGCAGAUUUUUCACCUAGUCGGUUUGAGGAUUCGAACCAGCGACCUUUCGGUUACUGGCCCAAUGCUCUUAACUGUCAUGAGAAAAUCUGGGAUCUGUUUUUACCUCCUGGAUUUAGUUUGUUAGGAUUACCCAAUGAGGUCAUGUAUAAACAAAAGUAAGAAGAGCAGAUCUGGGAUCAGUUUUUACCUGCUAAUGGUUAAGGUCUGAAAGCAGUCAGUUGGGGAAUUUCUAAAUGGGUUUCUAUAUAAACUCAAAUUAUAGUAUGCCAAUGACUUAAUUAGAAGUUUGGAGUUAGACUAGGGAAUGCUGCGAAAGGUUGCUCUGUGUGUGUGUGUGUGUGUGUGUGUGCGUGCGCCUGAUUGCUUCUUUACGAGGCCUUCUUCAAAAUAGAUGUCUGCCUCCCUGAUCUCUGUGUGACACCACACUAGACAUAUUAUCAUGGCUAGAAUUAAACAUUGACCACAGUGAUCUAACACACACACACACACACACACACACAUUAAAAAGUCAACUGUAAAUCAUCUCUCUCCCUCCUUCUCUCCUUCUCUCCUCUCACCCCCUUCUCUCUCCUCCCUCUCUCUACUCCCUCUCUCCCCUCUCUCUCUCACCUCUCCUCCCUCCCUCUUUUUCCUCUCUCUCCUCCAUCCCUCUCGCUUCUCUCUCUCUCUCUCUCCUUCUCUCCUCUCACCCCCUUCUCUCUCUCCUCUCCUCUCUCAAUUCAAUUUAAUUUAAGGGCUUCAUUGGCAUGGGAAACAUAUGUUAACAUUGCCAAAGCAAGUGAAGUAGAUAGUCAACAAAAGUGAAAUGGACAAUAAAUAUGACCAGUAAACAUGACACUCUCUCCCCUCCCUCUCUCUAGGAGGGUGCUAGAGGAGGCUCCUCUGAUGACUAAAGCUCUGAGAGAAUCUCAGAUGAAGGAUAAGAUGGACAGAUACCCCCGAGUGAGUUGUGUGUGUGUGUGUGUGUCAGAUACCCUUUAGUUGAAAAUUUAUUUAAUUCAUGAAUUGGAAUUUCUCCUAAAUGUAUAUGGAAUUGACCACUAGCCUGGAGGUGGAUGCCAAUAGUAGUCCUGAAUCUGUUACUACAGUAACAUUAGCAAUAUAAUAAUAAGACGUGUGUGUGUGUCCAGGUAGUUCUGAGGGUCCAGUUCCCUGACAGACGUGUUCUACAGGGAUUCUUCAGACCUCUAGAGACAGGUAGAUCUCUCUUCCUCUAAACCCUUCUCUCUCUCUCUAUCCCUCUCUCUCUCUUUCUUUCUCUCUCUCUCUCUAUCCCUCUCUGUCUCUCUCUCUCUCUGUCUCUCUCUCUGUCUCCUUUUAUUAGUAACUAUGUACAGUGUUGACUCUAGAGACAGGUAGUUGAUAUCUCUCUGACAUUGGAAUGAAACUGUGACCAUAGAGAUGUGAUGGAAUAACCAGGUGGUGUUUUCAACUGUCCGUCCAGUUGCUGCUCUGAGGCACUUUGUGAAGAGCCACCUGCAGGACCCCCAACUACCCUUCUACCUGUGUGAGUAUCGUUACUCUCUCUCUCGCUCCAUCUCUCUCUCUCUCUCCAUCUCUUUCUCUGCAUCUCUCUCAAUCAAUCUAAUUUAUACUGAACAAAAAUAUACAUUUCUGGCCUCUUUUAUUUCAGCUCAUGAAACAUGGGACCAACACUUUACAUGUUGGGUUUAUAUUUUUGUUCAGUAUAUUUAUAAAGCCCUUUUUCCAUCAGCAGAUGACACAAAGUGCUUAUACAGAAACCCAGCCUAUAACCCCAGAGAGCAGCAAUGCAGAUGUAGAAGCAUGGUGGCUAGGACAGAGAGGGGGGCGGGGCAGGGAGGGAGGGACGAUGCAGCAUGUCCGGUGAACAGGUCUGGGGUCCAGAGCCACAGGCAGAACAGCAGAAACUGGAUUUGCAGCACGACCAGGUGGACUGGGGACGGGGACAGCCAGGAGUCCUGAGGCAUGGCUCAGGUCCUCAGGGAGAAGGGAGAAGGGAGGGAGGGGGGAGAGGGAGAGAAGAAUCUCUCUCCAUCUCUCUCAUUUUGGAUAUAAAUAUCCUUUCCUCUCUUCCAGUCAUCGCUCCUCCUAAAACCAUUCUGGAGGACCCAACAGCCACCCUCUUCCAGGUAAGGCUCCUGUCACACCCACCCCCCCCCCCCUCUCCUACAUCUCUUCUUUAUAUAUCUCUUCCAGGUAAGGUUCUUCAUAUCUCUAAAGAAUGGAAUGAAAUUGGACCGGUAAACUUGAUCAGUGUAAAGUAUUAAUUAGGGUUCUAUUGGGGUUGAAACAGCAUAGAGACAGAAACCAUACACAAUAAACAACUACCUAAAUGUUUCACUUUUUAUUAGGUGGGAAAAAGACUGCACACACAACACAAGGAAUUGUCAUGUGCUUUAGAAAAAUAACUUUCCCUCUCUCUCUCCCUCCGUCUGUUGCUCUCUUCUCUCCUAUCCUCUUUCUCCUCCUCUCUCUGUGUCCUUCCUCUGUUUGAUCUGGGGUGAGGAGAGAGAAAGAAGGGGGGGAGGCAGUGUUUGAUGUUGAGAGAGAGAGAGAUAUAUAUAUAUAUAUAUAUAUAUAUAUAUAUAUAUAUAUAUAUAUAUAUAUAUAUAUACUGGAGCCAUUUUCAUCUCACACACAAUCUUCAAUCACUUUGUGUCAUGUCACAGAAGGAAUGUUUCCCAUCCCAACAAUCCUUUGAUACCAGGCCUCCCCCUCUAUCUCUCCCCCCGCCUAUUGAGACGUCCAGUGCCAAAGGGAGCAUGGUGUGCCCAGGGAGAGAUUGGUGGAAUGUCUGUUAUCCCAUUGAUACACAUUGUUUCCUGUUCAAAGAGCCUCUAAUAAUAGUAAUUAACAGCUCUGCCCAUAAUAGAAACCAGGGGGACCAGAGAGAGAGGGAGGAGGAGGGAGAGAGGUUGGGAGAGGACAGCGGGGGGAGGACUGAGGGUAGAGGGGUAGAGAGAGGACAGAGGGGAGAGGGGUAGAGAGAGGACAGAGGGGGGAGGACUGAGGGUAGAGGGGUCGAGAGGGGAGAUGGGUAGAUAGAGGACAGAGGGGGGAAGAUGAGGGGAGAAGGUAUGAAGAGGACAGCGGGGGAAGGACUGAAGGUACAGGGGUAAGAGAGGACAGAGGGAGAGGUAGAGAGAGGGACAGAGGGGGGAGGGGGGUUUGAGAGGGGAAAGGGGGGGAGGAGGGGGUUUAAGGGGGGUAAGGGGGAGAAGAGGAAAGGGGGGAGGGGGAGGAGGGGGGGGGGGAGGAGGGGGGGAAAGGGUGAGGUGGAGAGGAAGAGGGGGGGGAGGGGGGAGGGGGGUGGGGGGAGGAGGGAGGGGGGGGGGAGAGGGGGAAAAAGGGGGGGGGGGAGGGGGGGGGUGGUAAGAGAGAGGACGGGGGGGGGGGAGGGGAGGGGGGGGGGAAUGGGGGGGGGGGGGGAUGGGGGGUAGAGAGGGGAGGGGGGGGGUGGGGGGAGGAGGGGGGGGAAGGGAUGGGGGGGGUAGAGAGAGGACGGGGGGGGGGGAAAGGGGAGGGGUAGAAGAGGGACGGGGGGGGAGGGGGGGGGGGAGGGGGGGGGGGGGUAGAGGGAGAGGGGGGGGGGGGAGGGGGAGAGGGGGAGGAAGGGGGGGGAUGGGGGGGGGAGAGAGGGAAAGGGGGGAGGGGGGGUGGGGGGAGGGGAGGGGGGGGAGGAGGGGGGGGGAGAGGAGGGGGGGGGGGGGAGAGGGGGGGGGAGGGGGGGAGGAGGGAGGGGUUAGAGAGGAGGGGGAGGGAAGGAAGGGGGGGGGGGGGGGGAAAGGGAGGAGGGGGGGGGGGAGGAGGAAGGGGGAGGAAAGGGAGGGGGAGGGGAGGGGGGGGGAGGGAGGAGGGGGGAGGAGGAGGGGGGGAGGGGAAAGGGGGGAGGAGGGGGGGGAGGAGGGGACGGGGGGGGGGAGGAGGGAGGGGGACGGGGGGAGAGGGGGGGGGAGGGGGAGGAGGAGGGGGGGGGGGGGAGGGGGGAGGGGGGAGGGGGGAAGGGGGGGGGGGGGGGGGGGGGGGGAUUAGAGAGAGAAGGGGGGGAUGGGGGGGAGAGAGAGGGGGGGGGGGGGGGUGAUAUGGGGUGUGUCUUUUUCCUCAGAGACAGUACUAGAGAUUUUUUUUAAUGUCUGUCUGUCUGUCUUCGGGGUAAACAGUAUGGUCAGAAAAUCCAAUUAUUUUCCCACACUCUGCCUGCUGUUUACCAAGAAGGUCUCCCCUGUAAUCACAGUCUAACUGUCAACCAAAAAAAUAGACCAAAAGAGGGAUGGGGGAGGGGGAGGGGGGGUAGAGAGAGGAAAGGGGGGGAGGGGGAGGGGGGGGGAGAGAGAGAGGAGAGGGAGGAGGGGGGAGGGGGAAAGGGGGGUGAGGAUGGGGUUUAGGGGGGAGGAUGGGGGGGGGGGUUUUAGAGAGAGGAGGGGGGGGGGGAGGAGGGGGGAGAGAGGGGGAGGGGGGGAGGAUGGAGGGGUAGAGAGAGGGGGGGGGGAUGAUAUGGGGUGUGUCUUUAUCCUCAGCAGACAGUACUAGAGAUGUUUUUAACUGUCUGUCUGUCUGUCUCUCAGGUGAACAGUAUGGUCAGAAUAAUCCAACUUUACUCUUCCACACUCUGCCUGUCUGUCUUCACCACAGAUAGUUGUCUCCCCUGUAAUCACCAGUCUAACUGUCAACCAUUAGAACCAUCAGCACCAUUAAAACCUUUAACUUUAAGGUGUUGGGAUUGAGGGGUUGUGUGUUUUGCUCUCAUGGUUUUCCCAACCGCUUGAUGAGCUCUCGUUUUGUGGUUCACUUCAAACUGAACUGUGAGCCGCCAUGUUUGGUGAUGGCAAAGAAGUUGUUUGAGCGCUAUAAGUAGAUUUAUUUCCAACUAGCGUCUCUCCUCCUCUCUCUCUCCAGGCUAACCUAUUCCCUGCUGCCCUGGUGUACCUUGGUUCUGAGGUCAAGACAGGUCAGUCUCCUGUUACCUCUCUUUGAUUCAAACACGUUGACAUGAAGGAGGUGAGUCUGGUGGUGAUGAUGAUGAUGAUGAAGGAGGUGUGUUCUCUCUUCACAGAGAGUUACUUACAGAGAGAUCUCCUGGACUCCAGUGUCUCGUCCCUACAAGCAGACCAGGCCAUUGCUGGGUAGGUCUACUAUUGACAUUUACCAACCAAACCAAAACAACAACACAUGUUAUUUGUGGUGUGUAUGUUGUGUGAGUGUAAGCAGGAGAGGAUCAGGAAAGCUUGUUGGUGGAACUGCCCCAUCGUCUUGGCAACACGGCUCGGCUGUGUAUCCCCGGGCAACAGCUCUAUUUUACUGUCACAGCGCUGUCAUUGUCGGAAUCCCUUUGAAGGGUUCCGACCAAACGCGCACGCGCACACACACCACUUCCCCCAUUUCCCAAAAAUGACCCCCCCCACGCGCUGGCCGUCGGACGCCUCAGCAGAGUCGACACAACCGCAGGAACCCACGGCCCGCGGGCAGCCACCCCGACCGCGCCACCGCCUCGACCAGCGCACACCCGAACCCGCGCGGAGCCGGCGCGCGACACAGCGACACCGCCGACCGCGACCACCGCGCACCACGGAACCGCGCGAACCGGCCGCCCCGACCGCCGCGACCGGCUGCACCGCGCCACCCCGACCGCGCGCGACCGCGCGCGACCGCGACGCGACCACGACCCGCGCGCGACGCCGCGAACCGGCCACCCGAACGCGCCGACCGCGCCACCCGACCGGCGCGACCGGCGCGACCGCGCCAGCCCGACCGCGCGACGACCGCGCGGACCGCGCCACCCCGACCGCGCGCGACCGCGACACCCCGUACCGGCGGCGACGCGCCCGCGACCGCGCCGCCCCGACCGCGCGCGACCGCGUCGCUGACCGCGCCACCCGACCAGCGCGACGCGCCACCCGGACCGCGCGACCGCGCCAACCCGACGCGCGCGACCGCGCCACCCCGACCGCGCGACCGCGCCACCCCGACCCCGCGCACCGACCGCGCACCGACGCGCCACCCCGACCGCGCGCGACCGCGGCGACCGCGACCACCCAGGACCGCGCGCGACGCGCCACCCCGAACCGCGCGCCACCACCGUGCACGCGGACGAACGCGCGUCGACCGCGCCACCGGACCGCGCGACGAGAACAGCACACCGGACCGCGCGACAGAACGCGCCGCCACCGACCGACCCACUACGACGCGCGAGACCGCGCCACCCCAACCACGCGCGACCGCGCGCGACCGCGCCACCCCGACCCGCGCGACCCGCCACCCGGACCGCGCGAGACCGCGCCACCCCGACCACGCGCGACGCGCGCGACCGAGCCACCCGACCAGCGCGCGACCGCGCCACCCCGACCGCGCGUACGACACCGCGCCACCGGACACGGCGAGACAACGCGCACCGGACCGCGCGACAGGCACAAAGAAGACCGCGCGGAAAGAGCACAAACCCCGACAGCGCGCGACCGCGCCACCACGACCGAUCUAUACCUUCUCACCGACCUCUCUCCCACCCCUACCUCUUCUUGACCUCCUCCGUACUCUCCACCUCACCCUACCUUACUCCUCCUCCCCUACCUCCUCUACGCUCCCAACCCUCACCCUACCUCUCUCUACCUCUCCACCCCUACCUCUCUCUACCUCUCCACCCCUACCUUCUCCACCCCUUACCUCUCCACCCCUACCUCUCCACUCUCCACCCUACCUCUCUUUCUCUCCAGUAUUAGAUUAAAAGGGGAUGCCAGGGAACCUUCAACCUCUCCCCUACUUCUGUGAGGGAGGGUGAGAGAGGGGGAGUGGGAAAAGGGGGGUAAGAGAGGGAGAUAUUGACAUAGUGAAGGAGAGAGAGAGGGAAAGAGAGAGAGGAAAAUGGAGAGAGAGAGAGGGACGUAUAAGUUAUUUAUAAUGUGGCACCCGCGUCAAAAGUGAAAUUUGUUCUGUCAGGAGAGGAUGUGUUUGUUCGAUCCCCUGGACAGGAAGUCUCCGAUAGUGGCGUCCACAGUGUCAUGACCUUUCCUAACCUCUGAGGUCACUACUCCUGGCCACAUGAAAGAGCCUGAACCCCCUGGGGGACACACAACCACACACUCCACUUCCCAAACACGUCCGUUGCCCCUUCUGGAGAGUCCAAAAAUGUAUUUCCAUGAGUUGGGGGUCUAGAGAUGGAUUGGUGUGUGCGUGUUCAGAAUACACAUCUGAUGAAAUCCUGUGGACUAAAUGCCCUCUGUCUUUCUAUUCCUUUUACUGUACUUUUCUGUCCUCUCUAUAUCUCUCUCUCCUAUACUCUCUCUCAUCUCUUCUCUCUCUAAUCUCUCUCCGAUCUCUCUCUUCUCUCUCUUCUCUUCUCCUUCUACUCUCUAGCUCUAUCUUCUCUCUUCUCUCUCUCUUCUCUCUCUCUUCUUUACCCCCCAACCCCCACCCCCUCUAUCAGCUGUAUGCCCAGGUCUUCACCCCCCUCCUCCUCCUCCUCUUCCAUGGUAACAGAGGAGCCCCUUCCAGACCCCCCCGCUGGGACCAGGGAGGUUGAGGAGGAGGAGGAGCCUAACACACAUGGCCAGGCCCCCAAACCAGUCAGGACGGACCCCGGCAAGGUCCCCAAGUGGCUCAAACUGCCAGGUACACUACUGAUCAGACCUAACUGUUGAAGGGUUAAAGGGAUAGUCCACCCUAAAAGGACCUACUGUUACCUAACUGAUAAAGGUAGCAUCAGCAAUUUGCCGUCAUUGUUAAAGGCAGAGUUCAACUCCAAAAUGAGUGUGAUAGAUAGGCAUCAUCUAAUUCCACCAGGGCAGCAGGUAGCCUCGAGGUAAGAGCGUUGCGCCAGUAGCCAAAAGGUCGCUGGUUCAAAUCCUGGAGCAGACACGGUGAAAAAUGUGCCGUUGUGCCCCUGAGCAAGGCAGGAUAUGUUAGGAUAUGCAACAAACACAUUUUCAAUUAACACAAUUACACACUACUACACACUACAAGUGUAAAAUAGGACAAAUAUAAGCACCUACCAAAUUAUUAUUAUUAUUAUUAUUAUUAUUAUUAUUUUAAAGGGAGAGUUCAUCCUAAAAUUAAUGGAUUGGCAAUUCCUACUUCAUCUGUUCAGUCUUCUAUUUUAUUUGACAUUGUAGCUUUCCCUCUUCAGCAUGCUGACCCUGUUUACACGGACAUAGAAAGGGGUACAAAGGCACUAGGGCUGCAUGAUUCAUCGAAUUCAGAUCCAAAUUGACAUGUGCAAUAUCCAUAUCGCAAGAGGCUGCGAUUUUCUCCUUUCUUUGACACUCAGUUAAUACAACAACUAGACUACGGUACCUCCUCCAAUGGGAUGCUCUAGACUCUGUUCAUUCACACUCUACAUGCACAGAGGAUGCUGACCAAUCACAAGCGGGCUCUCUGCAUGGCAUGCACAUGCUGGCCGAUGCUGGUGAGGAGAGAAAGGGCUUUACAGUACAGUGUGAGAAACUCUGUGGCUUUACCUCAGUGUCGGAAACAUGAGUGCUGCUAGUGCUAACGAGAACGACGAUUUGGUGCCAAAAGGACGCAUCUUCAGUGGUAUGGCAGUAUUUCAGCGCAUCUUCAGUGGUGUGGCAGUAUUUCAGCGCAUCUUCAGUGGUGUGGCAGUAUUUCAUCAGCGAAUCUUCAGUGGUAUGGCAGUAUUUUUCAGCACCAUCUUCAGUGGUAUGGCAGUAUUUCAGCGCAUCUUCAGUGGUAUGGCAGUAUUACAGCGCAUCUUCAGUGGUGUGGCAGUAUUUCGGUGCAUCUUCAGUGGUAUGGCAGUAUUUCAGCGCAUCUUCAGUGAUAUGGCAGUAUUUCAGCGCAUCUUCAGUGGUAUGGCAGUAUUUCAGCGCAUCUUCAGUGGUAUGGCAGUAUUUCAGCGCAUCUUCAGUGGUAUGGCAGUAUUUCAGCACAUCUUCAGUGGUAUGGCAGUAUUUCAGCGCAUCUUCAGUGGUGUGGCAGUAUUUCAGCGCAUCUUCAGUGGUAUGGCAGUAUUUCAGCGCAUCUUCAGUGGUAUGGCAGUAUUUCAGCGCAUCUUCAGUGUAUGGCAGUAUUCAGCGCGUCUUCAGUGGUAUGGCAGUAUUUCAGCGCAUCUUCAGUGAUAUGGCAGUAUUUCAGCGCAUCUUCAGUGGUAUGGCAGUAUUUCAGCGCAUCUUCAGUGGUAUGGCAGUAUUUCAGCGCAUCUUCAGUGGUAUGGCAGUAUUUCAGCGCAUCUUCAGUGGUAUGGCAGUAUUUCAGCGCAUCUUCAGUGGUAUGGCAGUAUUUCAGCACAUCUUCAGUGGUAUGGCAGUAUUUCGCGCAUCUUCAGUGGUAUGGGCAGUAUUUCAGCGCAUCUUCAGUGGUUUUGGCAGUAUUUACAGCGCAUCUUCAGUGGUUGGCAGUAUUUCAGCGCAUCUUCAGUGGUGUUGGCAGUAUUUCAGACGCAUCUUCAGUGGUUAGGCAGUAUUUCAGCGCAUCUGUCAGUGUGUAUGGCAGUAUUUCAGCGCAAUCUUCAGUGGUAUGGCAGUAUUAGCGCAUUUCAGGUUAGCAGCAUUUCAGCUUGUUAUGGCAGUAUUUCAGCGCAUCUUCAGUGGUAUGGCAGUAUUUCAGCGCAUCUUCAGUGGUUGGCAGUAUUCGGCAUGUGCAGUAUUCAGCCAUCUUCAGUGGUAUGGCAGUAUUUCAGCACAUCUUCAGUGGUAUGGCAGUAUUUCAGCACAUCUUCAGUGGUAUGGCAGUAUUUCGGCUACAGGCAAACCCGAUGUCAACCAAAUGCAUGUGUUGUGCAAAAAGUGCCUCAGAGUUGUAGCGACAACAAGGGCACAAACAAAUGGAUUCAAUCAUUAGAAGAAUAUCUCCUACUUUACGACCAUAGCGUGGUUUAAAAAAAGAACGCCCCUCAGCCACAACCAGCCACCUACGUUAAACAGGCAUUGAUUGCCGAUGCAUUUUCAAGCGCAACGCCCUACGAAAAAACAUCCCGCAGACACAUAGACAUCACAGAGGCUAUCACCUGUCACAAAGCCAAAGUAAUGAUUCCUAUUUACACAGUCAGCAAAGACGGCUUCAAGAAGACAAAUAAACACUAUUUCUCCAAAGUCGCCAUCCCAAAACUGUAGAACAAAAUCAAGGGAGAAGUUGAAACAUGACGCGUUGAAUGACUGGACCAGACUCCAACGUUUUGGACACAGCCACCUUGCGAUCGGUAGGCUACGUGCUACAUGUUUUUAAGGCACUUUGACUCAUUUCAAUUCUAAUAAUGAUUCAGCCUACUUAUUUCAUUUGGUUUUGUAUUCAGUUAGCACAGUAUGUAUGAAUUCAUAUCAUCUCAUUGUAGAAGUGAUGUUCUCUACCCUGACACUUGUUUUAACCAUGUCUGAUGGAAUUACCAAGUGUUUGAAAAACGCAAUUCAUAAUCGCAAUAUCUUGCCAUAAAAAUCACAAUUUGACAUUUUUGGUCUAAAUCCUACAGCCCCAAAAGGCACCCACCCUGUUUACAAGCUUUGAUCGAUUGCAGUGUUUGCCACAUUCCUUCUUACACACACACACACACACAUACACACACACUAUACUCCGAGGGCCCUCUUUAAAACCACAGUCAAUAGGAAGUGUUGUAAGGAAAACAUCAGAUGAGUCAAAAGAUAAGGAUGCUGUUCGGGGGGAACGGUACACACACACACACACCCACCACACACACACACACAUUUAUUAGUUCAGGAUGGUUUCUCCUCCAAGUCCCCUCCACCCCCAGGGGACCUCUGCUGACACGCAGCCCCAGUCAGAGUGCCCCGUUCUGGGCCACAUGAAACACGGCAGGCCCCUGUGGUCUGGAGCUCCGGAGCCUGGGGUUGCUCUGUUGUGGUGGAGCUGGUGGUCGCGGUGCUAAAGUUGUUUUGGUUGUGUUUUUCUGUUUUGUUUGUGGGAAGGAUGGUCUCGCUAGUUGUUUUAGUGUUUUAUGGUGGCAUGCGAGCUGUUGCUGGCAUCCUGCUCUCUUUAUCGAAGAAGGGGAGCGAGGGAGAGGGAGAGAGAAUAUUGUGGAGGGACACACACUGUGUAGCUUUCAGUGAGACGUGGUCUGUCUGUCUCCCUCUGUCUGCCUGUCUCCCUCUCUGUCUGCCUGUCUCCCUCUCUGUCUGCAUGUCUCUCUCUGUCUGCAUGUCUCCCUCUGUCUGCCUGUCUCCCUCUCUCCCUACCUGUCUCCCUCUCUGUCUGUCUCCCUCUCUGUCUUUCUGCCUGUCUCCCUCUCUCCCUGCCUGUCUCCCUCUAUUUCUGUCUGUCUGGUUGUCUGUCUCCCUGUCUAUCUGGUUGUCUGUCUGUCUCCCUGUCUAUCUGGUUGUCUGUCUGUCUCCCUGUCUAUCUGGUUGGUUGUCUGUCUGUCUCCCUGUCUAUCUGGUCUGUAUGUCUGUCUAUCUGGUCUAUCUGGUUGUCUGUCUGUCUCCCUGUCUAUCUGGUUGGUUGUCUGUCUGUCUCCCUGUCUAUCUGGUCUGUCUGUCUGUCUAUCUGGUCUAUCUGGUUGUCUGUCUGUCUAUCUGGUUGUCUGUCUGUCUAUCUGGUUGUCUGUCUGCCUCCCUGGUUGUCUGUAGAUCAUUAUAUCAGUUACCCUGAUGUGUUCUUUAUUCAACACCAGAUUCAGUCCAGAACUCUUCCAGAUGCUUCCAGACCUGGAAUUCUAUUCUUCACUCAUCACCAUCUUGAGCUAAACCAGGACACCCCCCCCCAGUCUAUCCCUCUCCAUCAUAGUGGUCUGUGGUUUCACAUAUCUUAUUGGAAGUGAUGUGCCAAAGUGUGUGUGUGUGUUGAGAAGUCAAGAGAUUAAUGUGUGUUUGUGCCAGUAUAAUUCAAAUUCUGGUUUAUCUCAAGAUGGUGAUGAGUCUGAAUAGACAGACAAACAGAAUUCCAGGUCUGGAGACGUCUGUUAACACUUUGAUAUCCAAGCAAGCUUCUUUCUUAACAGUGUAUAACGGGUUAUAGGCCAAGCAGUUUUUCUGACUGAAAGUCAAUAUCAAAAGAUGCUGAUCAAGGAAAACGCAUUUCUUUGGACAUUUUUCAUGGUCGUUAAGACUUUUUUGUCUCAAUAAAGUUUGAUUAGAUCCAACUGUAAUUUCCUCUGAUAUUAUGUUUUAUUGUCUCCAGGUAAGAAAUGAGGAUUGUGAUCAGAUGACUACGGCUACCAUAGAGGGACAUGCAGAACAGAGCGGACGCCCAAACACACUGUUCCGCCUACCUUUUAACAUGAAAUUCCAGGCUCAAAGUGGAUUGUGAUGUAUUUAAACCCGUUGUGAAUCCAGAAUGCACUUAAAAUAGUUUUACAGGAGUUCGAAAACAUGAAACAAAUUAAUAAACACAUAGAAUAAUCUCCAUUGCCAAUA